AUGGCCCCGUACGAACCCCCACCCACCGCAUCCUUCCACUCCGCGCGCCUCCUCUACCGCGCCCCAGAGGACAACGAAGAAGACCGCGCCUUCCUCCAGCACGCCAUCCUCAACGACUCAACCAUCCAAGCCGUCAGCACCUCGCGCCUGAGGCGACCACUCCCGCAACGCUCCGCGGAGGAAUUCAUCAAAGCCCUGCAAUCCAGCCUCCUCGGCGUGAUCAUCUGCCUCCCACCCCCGCAGACCACGCCGAAACCAAUUCCAAUCGGCCACCUAGGCUUCUUCAACACCUGGGGCGCGAACGUCGAGCAUAAUCGGAACACGAUGCUGGGGAUCUCGUUGGCGGAGCCGUACAGGGGGAAAGGGUACGGGGCGGAGGCGAUCAACUGGGGCUUGGACUGGGCGUUUCUGCAUGCGGGGCUGCAUCGUGUGAGUCUGAACGCAUUUGCGUAUAAUGAGCGGGCGGUGCGGUUGUAUCGGCGCUUGGGGUUUGUGGAGGAGGGGCGCGAGCGGGAGGCGCUGUUGCAUAUGAGGCGGUGGCAUGAUGUUAUUAAUUUUUCGAUGUUGGAGGGGGAGUGGGCUAGGUUGAGGGGGUGGAUGGAGUAA